CUGAUCGCUCUUUCUUCUUCUUCUCGUUGCGCUCGUUCCUUGCAACGAGCUCGCAAUCUGUCAUCCAUUCGUAAGGCUGUGGCCGAGUGCUGCUCGCCGGAGCGGAGAAAAUCAGGAGGCCAUGGAUCGGUUGAGCAGAGACCGUCUUGGGAGGUAGACGAUUCUGACAGAAUUUCUUCUUUUGCUGGAGCUCGCUUUGCAUGCAACAGGGAGUUGUGUGCGUGUGCUGCUGCCAAGUACGUCGAGCGGAUCAGAGGGUGAAGGAACUACUUUACAGGGGACUCGAUCUGGAGGCAACCAUGGAGGGUAUGACAGGAGUAAUUCCUGAAAGUUGGAAACGGGUGAAGAAGGGACGCUUGAAAGUUCCAUAUGAACGGAUCAAUAGGCGAGGUGGAAAAGGGAGGCCUGUGAAAGUGAAGACCGAGAGACUGGGCAAGAGGUCAUGGCGUUUCAAGAUGCCCAAGAUCAAAAUCAGGAUUCUAUCUCCCAUCACCUUAUUGGCCAGGUUAAGAGAUGCGUAUGUUCGCAUGAUGAUGAACAUAGCAGGGAGAGGAAGGAUGCCUGGUCUGGCAUAUGGCUUCGGACCGAAUGCAGGUUUCCUGAAGCCUCCGCCUGCGAGGAAAAGGGAAAUUCUCACCGACGCUGAAAUACUAUGUCUUGAGUACCUCAAGAGGGACACGAACUUCCUGAUUGCAGCUGCCAAAGCACAUGCACAAGCGACCCAGUAACUGGAAUUUCAAGACGUCACAGACAUGUAUUCAGCCCGGCCCUGGGUUUCUCGAGGAGAGCUGAAUAGACUCUUUAAAUGAUAUAGGGUGAAAGAAGUUCUCCCCUUCUGGUCAGCUCAAUUGCCUGACUUAUGUCAGCUGGAUUGAGCAGGUGAGGAUCUCCACUGCAAACGUUUUUUAGAGUCUGUAAAUAUUUAACUAGAAACUUGUAUCUUCACCGUAAUUGAUCAUAGGUGCUGGAGUUGAAGAUAUCUAGGAUGAAUAGGUCCCCACAUUCAAUCAUUCACAGCAAGAAAAUCUUGGCACGCUCCUCCUUUCAUGGUGUCCGAUGGCAAUUCUGAUCGCAGAGUUUAAGGUGCUUUUAGUAGAAUCGUACGUCCGUGACCACAAAGCAGACUUUCCGGACUUCUGCAGAUUCGUUGUGGGCAGCAGAUUAUUUUCAUCAUGAUCAUGUAAAGCUCUGAGGAUACCAACUCCACACAGGCUUUCAUUACUUGAACACAGAUACAUCUCUGCCUGCUUACAUCGUUCAGAAAUUAGCAUCAAGGAUUGUCCUCGAGAGCAUGAGAGCCUCGAAGUUUGAUUACAAUACAGAAAGAGGAUGUACAACCGAAGAUUAGCAUUUGCAGCUGUAAUUGCGGAUGGUACCUAGAUCAGACAGCUGAACGCUUACUGACCAUCGUAGGAUUUAGAUUCUAGAUGAAUCAGAUGUAAUUUUAAAGGAAAAAUUUUGGCUUUGGAUCUCCCACGAGAGAAGGUCACGGAUAGUACACCUUCAAUUUUCGUCGCCGUAUGUUUCCUACUUUUCGAAGAAGAAAGUUCUUAACAUACAGCAACGAUUGUAGUUCUUCUAAAGCAAUAAACUCUGGGAAUCAUAUGAGAAAUUGCGUUUGGGAAUUUUUU